AUGGGAUGUGGCAGUACACCCGAGGCUCUGUGUCCAUUUCUUGAAAGGUCACCACCAUGGAUCGGACUUGGCUCUGACUGUCCUGAAACAUGGACAGAGGACCUCUUGGGGGUGUCCUGUGGUUUUUGGUACCAGGGCAUUGGCGGCAGAUCCUCUGAGUCCUCUGGGCUGCAGGAUGAGUCAACACAAGCGGAGUCCAGGGUGUCCAGCUCCACCAGCUCCAAAACAGAUAAAAGGAAGAGAUCAAGGAGCACAGGACGAGAAAAGAAGCGGAAACGCAGCCGUAGUAGAUCUUCCUCAUCAUCCUCUUCUAGUUCGUCAUCGUCAUCUUCGUCGUCCUCUUCCUCAUCGUCCUCUUCUUCAUCGGGUUCAUCACACUCAUCCAGUCGCAGUCGGAGUAGCUCUAGCAGUAGCGAUUCCCGCAGUAAAUCCAGAAAGCAGUCGAAGAAAAGGAAAAAGGAGAAACAACACAAAAAAAAAGGGAAGAAAGAGAAGCGACACAAACGUAAAAAAGACAAGAAAGCAAAAGGAGAAGAAAGCACGGGACCUGUACAGAUCUCCAAGUACUUGAAGGACAAGAAAAAGGGCAAAUACAGCAUGAUAUCAGGGAAGAAAAUAAAGAUGAAAGUAAAGAAGUCAAAGAAAGACAAACAGCGGGAUAAAAAUCGAGCAGAACUUCUUGAGUUCUUGAACUCUACCCUGUGAUGCCACGGUGGACAGCAGCAGUGGCGCUCGGGCUCGGACACAUCAACAGAACUCAGGAAACAACAACUCAGCUUUCCAGGAAACUAAACAGUGAAGAGUUUUCUGCGAAAGAGAUGAUGAAUACGACUUGAAUCGAUGCGCAGCGGCAGCACCGAGCCUGAUGGAGUGAAAGAGCUGAAUCUCUCACAGGGAGGGGAGAUGCGUUCAGACCACACGCUUUAUUUUCACCACAGCACAGGUGGCAAAUUCUUCAGCUUGGUGUGAUACAUUUUGUGAUAUGAGAAGUGAUUAAGUCAAGCAGCAUCAUCCAACAUUUUUUCUCUAACCAACUACGGCUGCAUCCAAAUUAAUACUAUUCAUUUUAAAACACAUAACUCUUGCUAUGUUUACACCGACCGUCCGCACUACUUCAGUAUGUGGAAUCCCUAAAAUGGAAACAUAUUAGUGUGGAUGUGGCCUACGUGAGAUGAAGGCCAGUGACUGCCAGCGAUCUGCUUCUCAGCUUUGCUUGUGGUUUGAACGUAUGUUCUCCCUUUAAAAGAGAACUCAGCUUGAGCGUUUUACUCCCAAAACGUUGUCGGACUCACAAUGGACCAGAUAUUUUCUUUUUCAUGCUACGCAUUCGUUUUCCUUGUCAAAACCUGAUGACUACAUUACCCACAAUGCAAUUUGACUGCCAACAGUUUGCCCAUAAAUGUGGGAGUGUUUUGCUACCAGUAGCUAAAGUAUUCUUGAGUUGCUAGCCUUACCAGCAGCGAGGAGCUGCAGAGGUCUCAAAAGCUCUCUUCUUUCUAACUUCACACCUCCAGAUUUUUUACAUUUUCAAACUUGUUGUUUUCAGCCUCAAGUGACAUCAGCUGACAUCAACAGUUCAUCAGAUUUCACGCAGCUCUCUCUGCAGCCACUAAAGGCUUUGUACAACUUUAACUCCCCGACUCCUGUAAACAGUCUUUGAUAUGUAAAACUCGUUCCCCUUUAAAGUUUUAAAUAUUUUUUUUACCUGCUGGCUCCAUUAAUCAUUCAUGUCAAGUAUACUACAUGUAGGACUGCUUCUAUUUUUUUUGUUUUUGUAGAUAACUAACAAUUAUGUUUCCACAGUAAAUGCUGGCUGUUGGAGACAGUGUUAUCAGUGUGUGCUGAUAGUAUUUAAUGUGUACAUUUUGUUUGAAAUGAUAUGAGAAUCGACUCUGCGUUGUUUGAUGGUAACUGUACAUCUUAUUCAUAGCAUUCAUCCAAACUCAUGAAUAUUGUUUCAACAUCAGUCUUUUUAUUCCAUUAAAACAUUUAAAAUACAAUGACUGUUAGUCCCCCUGUAUCAAUCCAGCUGAAAGCAUUUCAUGAAUGAUGGAGUAAACCUGUUGUGAACUGUUGAAUUUUCGAUGUGUGACAAACAGAAAACAAACAGCAAUAAACUGCUGAAAAGUG